AUGGGGAAGGAUUAUCAAUUUAAGGCCAACAUUCCAGCACAAAGCACAGAAAUUACUGGUAUUAUUAAAAAUGUGCCUACCAACCUGACUAACAAAAAAAUCUUCACCAUGCUGUCUAGUUACAAGAAGAUCAUAUCUGUAAGGAGAUUUACAAAGAGGACAAAGAUUGACAACAAUUUUAUUCUACAGCCUCUGCAGACUGUAGCCAUCACCUUCGCGACGUCAGUACUUCCAGACUACGUCGACUUGGACGGUCCAAAGAAGCCUCUUGAUCUUCUGUCUUUAUUGAAAAGUAACGACAAGGCACUAAACCUUUUAGUGCAAAGCAUCAUAAAAAUGAUAACAUUAAAUAAGACCCAAGAUACCCCAAUAUCUUCUAAAAAUGUGUUAGAAGUAUUGAAUGAUAUUUGCAACCCCAAAGCUCAGGGCAUUUAUGCAGCCUUAGAAUACAUAGAAGCAACUAACCUCAAUUUCAAUAAAUGGUUGAUAAUUUCGGACAGCAUGAGUGUAUUAAUGGCUUUAUCAAAUCCUUCUUAUAGUAGUGGCACAAAUUACAUCAUAUACAACAUUAGGCAGAUUUAUAGCAGGCUUUGGCUCAAUCAAGACAGAGAAAUCCGCUUUAUUUGGACACCUUCACACAUUGACGUUUCGGGUAAUGACCUCGCCGAUAAACUUGCCAGUUCCAUAGUAAAAAAUCCCAAUAUCCAACAAAUACCUGUUAAAAAUAUUAAGUUGCCAGGUUCAGACUGCAAAGUUUUAAUCAAGAAUAUUAUAAAAGACCAAUGGAUGACUCAUUGGCAUGAAACAAUCCAAAUUAAAGGAAAAUGGUUCAGCUCUAUCAACUCCGAGAUUACUCAACCCUGGUUCAUCAAAGGAAAAUUUAUAAACAGAAACUUUUAUUCAACUAUUUGUCGUUUAAGACUUGGACAUGGCAGAUUCAAUGAACACCUUUUUAGAUUAAAAAUGAUACCUUCCCCAAAUUGCACAUACUGUAAUAACGAUAUAAUUCAAUCCCUGGAUCAUAUAUUUUUUGAUUGCUCUGCAUUUAAUAUACAAAGGAUUAUUUUUAUUGACAAUUUACUGGAUUUAUACAAAGAAGCCCUGGAUGUCCCGCGCUCUAUUCAGGAUCUUCUCAAGAAUACAGAUACAUUCUACCCCAUAUACGACUUUAUCAAGAAUACAAUUGGAGUUAUUUGA